AGAGAGAAGAGUACAGAGCUCGAGCUUCCAUGGCCAGAAGGAUAUAGAGAGACCAUCAGAAAAAAAUGACUCAGAUUCGCCGUAAAAUCCUUCACCUGGACCUGCAACUACAAUGGAACAUCUUCCAUCGGGUCACCUUCUUCCGCAAAUUCUUUCGCUUCGUUUGGGAUCGUGUUCUUGCCUUCUACCCCAGGAAAUCCUUCAAGUACAGGGAGUUACCACGUAACGCUUCUUCCAUCUCUCCGGCAACAAUCGAGAUCGAAUUACCUUCCGGAGAUCCCACAUCCACCUCCAGGGAUUUCGAUAUGGAUUCCGAAUCGGUGACUUUGAAGAUCAGUCUCUUGGGUGAUUGUCACAUUGGCAAAACCAGUUUUAUUAUUAAGUAUGUAGGAGAUGAGCAAGAACAGAGUUGCUUGCAGAUGUCAGGAUUGAAUUUGAUGGAUAAAGUAUUCUUAGUUAAAGGUGCAAAAAUUGCUUUUAGUAUUUGGGAUGUUGGAGGUGAUCAUGCGUCUCUUAAUCACGUUCCCAUCGCCUGUAAAGAUGCCGCAGCCAUUUUGAUCAUGUUCGAUCUCACAAGUCGAUGUACACUUAACAGCGCUCUCGGGUGGUAUCAUCAAGCCAGGAAGUGGAAUCAGACGGCGAUUCCGAUAUUAAUCGGGACCAAGUUUGAUGAUUUCGUUCAUCUUCCUCUAGAUAUGCAAUGGGCAAUCGUGACCCAGGCAAGAGAGUACGCACAAGCCAUGAAAGCAACAUUAUUCUUCUCGAGUGCGACACACAAUAUCAAUGUGAACAAGAUCUUCAAAUUCAUCACUGCCAAGCUUUUCAACUUGCCAUGGACAGUGGAGAGGAAUCUAAACAUUGGAGAACCCAUUAUCGACUUCUGAGUUUCUGAGGAGGUGAACUGGUGGGUUGGUCUUCUUCUUUGUAU